ACCAACUGAAGAAAGAAGUGAUGAAUCAUAAAGAAGUUAUAACUCCAAAUGUGAAAGAAGAUUUAAAACCACAAAGAAGAAAAAGGAGAAUCGAAAGAAAACAAAAGAUGGAGAAAUCCAAUUUUGAAAAACCUGAAGUAUCAAGAAAACUCAAGAAGAAGAAAAAUAUCUGUGUUAGAAAAAUCCGAUAUGGUGAAAGAGAGAAGCCAAAACAAGAAUGA